CACUUGUUGUUAAUUUCCCAGCACCAGUUACUUCAUUCACCACUAUCUUCUCUUCUCUUCUUCCUUUCUUCUUCAAACCCUAAUCGAAUCCUUCAUUUCUCUCUCUUCUUUCUCUCUCUACAGAAGCAAAAUCACACUGCAACCACACUCAAAUUCCCAACCACCACUCUCUCUCUCUCUCUACCAUCUUUUUCACUGUUAGCAAAAUGGGUAUGCAAGGGAAUGGAACCUAACCUCACCCGAUUCCUCUUCUUCUUCUUCCGCAUUGCGCCGCCCAAUGGGAAAAGCAGCCGAAGAAGAACACCAACCGCUGCCACGUGGCGGAACCUCCACCGAUCCGGCGCUGAAUGCGGAGGAAGAUUGUCGGUGCCGGUGUUCUCGGAUUCGGAAGCUUCUCAGUGUUAGAUGCAUCCUCGUGCUGCUGUUCUCCGCCGCUCUGUUCCUCUCUGCUUUGUUUUGGUUGCCCCCUUUUCUUCGCCUCGCAGAUCAGAAGCAUCUGCAUGAAAAUUCCAGAUACAAAGGUCAUGAUAUUGUCGCAAGCUUUAUUGUUAAUAAGUCAGCCUCUUUGCUAGAAGAUAACAUCCCGCAACUCGCGGAUGAAAUUUUUGAUGAGAUAGGAGCUCCCUCUACCAAAGUGGUCAUCUUGUCUCUAGAUCCUUUACCUGGGCCAAAUAAGACAAAAGUAGUGUUUGCAGUUGAUCCUGAUGUUGGAUUAUCAGAAAUGGCUCAAGCUGCCAUUAGUUUGAUAAAAUCAUCAUUUACAUCCAUCAUUAUACGUGACUCACCUUUCCAGCUCACUUCUUCAUCCAUAUUCGGAGAUCCCUUCUUUUUUGAAGUGCUGAAAUUUAAGGGAGGAAUUACUAUAAUUCCACAUCAGACGGCAUUUCCUCUGCAGCAAAGGCAGACACUAUUCACCUUUACUCUGAAUUUCCCCAUUUAUCAAAUACAAUUGGAUUUUGAUGAGCUCACAAGUCAGCUAAAGUCUGGAUUACAUCUGGCAUCCUUUGAGAACUUGUAUAUGAGCUUAUCCAAUUCUGAAGGUUCAACAGUAGAUGCUCCUACUACUGUUCAGUCAUCUGUUCUACUUGCAAUUGGAAUUACUCCAUCAAAACAGAGGCUAAAGCAACUAGCACAAACCAUCAUGGGACCUCAUAAUCUUGGCUUGAAUAACACGGAAUUUGGUAGGGUUAAGCAGGUCCGACUUUCAUCCAUCUUGCAGCACUCCCUGCAUGGCAAUGAUGGUAGUGGCUCUGCAUGGUCACCUUCUCCUUCUCCUCUGCCUCAUCCAUCACACCACCACCACCACCACCACCAUCACCACCACCAUCACCACCACCACCACGAUGCCCAUCUAGCUCCUUCUCCUAUGCCUGCACCUGCACCUAUACCCGGGGAGGGUGCAACUCCACCUGAGGUUGGUCCUCCUGUUGCACCAAAAAGUGUGCCUGCACCAAAGAGAAGUCCUCAAGCACAGCCUCCUAGUUUUCAAUUUGAGCGUAGAAAAAGGUCUAGCCAUAAUGCUGGGAAGCAUGCUCAUCUAGCACCUUCAAUUGCCCCUACUACUCAUCGACAUUAUCAUAGUCCUGUUGCGUCACCAAAACCACCGUUUGAACCCCCGGCGCGUAACUCUCGUGCAGUACCUGCCUUGAGUCCGUUACCAAAUGUAGCUUUUGCUCAUGCUGAGCCCCCUCCUAAUAAUGAACCAGCUCCAGAACGUAUGCGGAUGCAUUCACACGGACCAUCAUUAUCGACAUCCUCUGCAGGUAGUCUUGGAUCUGUCAAAUGGACAUUCUUAAUGUUUAUUGUACUUGUGUUACAUGUGUAACAUAGUACUGGAACUGUUUCACUGGUCAGACAAAACUAGAGUACUAUAAAAAUGUGAGCUACGCACAAAGGGCGAAGCUGCAAAUGUGAGUGGAUAUAAGUUGUCAUCAAGCGUGUAAAUAGUUGAUUAAAAAGAUCCAGAUGGUAUAUGCGUUAUCAGGUCAAAGUCCACAGGUGGCAGGCCUUGAUAACAUGCAUUGCCACUGUGUUUUGUGUUGUAAGAUCAAAAAGUGAAAAUGAAAGAGGAAAAAAAAAAUGAAGUAACAAUUUUAUUUUUGUUUCUGGUCUCUUGCAAUAAAUUAUUCUGUAUGCUUCUUUUUGCCAGCUUUGACCAGGUAAAAUGUUCAAGCAAUGAUGGCAAUGGAAAUCACGGUUUUGUUGUUGCUA